CCAAUGCAGCACCGGAUCUCCUACUCCGCGUCUUGCUUUCCAUCUUCUCUCGACACCAGGGAGAAAAUCUCGCGUUGCUGUACGCUCUCUCUCUCUCUCUCUCUCUUUCUCUCUACUACCACCCCUCAUCGCCCCCUCCCUUUCCUCUGCCUCUAUCUAUCUCCCUCUCCUUUUGAGUAGACGAGAUCUCCUCCCGAAACCUGAGCGAGGCAGUCACCAAAAACGAGAGGCGAUAUCUCUCUCACACUGCACAACAUGGCUACUAUUGUAACCUCGACAAGGUUCACAGACGAAUAUCAGCUAUACGAAGAACUCGGAAAGGGUGCCUUUUCUGUGGUUCGACGAUGUGUCAAGAAAAACACUGGACAGGAAUAUGCUGCAAAAAUAAUAAAUACGAAAAAACUGUCUGCCCGGGACCAUCAGAAGCUGGACCGGGAGGCUCGCAUCUGCCGCCUUCUCAAACACCCCAACAUCGUUCGGCUCCAUGACAGUAUCUCUGAGGAGGGCUUCCACUACCUGGUCUUUGACCUGGUGACUGGAGGAGAGCUGUUUGAGGACAUCGUGGCGAGGGAGUACUACAGUGAAGCUGAUGCCAGCCACUGCAUCAAUCAGAUCCUGGAGAGCGUGAGCCACAUCCAUCAGCAUGACAUUGUGCACAGGGACCUCAAGCCUGAGAAUCUCCUCCUGGCCAGUAAGAUGAAGGGAGCUGCGGUCAAGCUGGCAGACUUUGGUCUAGCUAUUGAAGUACAAGGGGACCAGCAGGCAUGGUUCGGGUUCGCCGGCACCCCUGGCUACCUCUCCCCCGAGGUCUUAAGAAAGGACCCCUAUGGAAAGCCUGUGGAUAUCUGGGCCUGUGGUGUAAUCCUUUACAUCCUGCUGGUGGGCUACCCUCCUUUCUGGGACGAGGACCAACACAAGCUCUAUCAGCAGAUCAAAGCAGGAGCAUAUGACUUCCCCUCCCCUGAGUGGGACACGGUCACCCCCGAGGCCAAGAACCUCAUCAACCAGAUGCUGACCAUCAACCCAGCCAAGCGCAUCACCUCUGACCAGGCCCUCAAGCACCCCUGGGUCUGCCAACGCUCCACCGUGGCCUCCAUGAUGCACCGCCAGGAGACCGUGGAGUGCCUCCGCAAGUUCAACGCCAGGAGGAAACUGAAGGGAGCCAUUCUCACCACUAUGCUUGUGUCCAGAAAUUUCUCAGUGGGCCGGCAGCAUACCAGCCCUGCCUCAGCCACCACCAGCACUGCCUCGCUGGCACAGGAAGCAUGCAAAAGUUUAAUUAACAAGAAGACGGACGGAGUUAAGCCACAGACAAACAACAGUAAAAACAGUGUAGUAAGCAGCACCAGCAGCACCAAAGACAACAGCAUAUCAUCUUCAGCACCAAUGGAACCACAGACCACUGUCGUGCACAACCCAGCUGACGGCACCAAGGGCUCGGACGAGAGCUGCAACACCACAGAAGAGGAGGACAUGAAAGGUAGGAAAGCUCGCAAGCAAGAGAUCAUCAAGAUCACCGAGCAGCUGAUCGAGGCCAUCAACAAUGGGGACUUUGAAGCCUACACGAGAAUCUGCGAUCCGAGUCUGACCUCCUUCGAGCCAGAGACCCUGGGAAACCUGGUGGAGGGCAUGGAUUUCCACAAGUUCUACUUUGAGAACCUACUGAGCAAGAACAGCAAGCCUGUGCACACCACCAUUCUGAACCCACACGUGCACCUGAUCGGCGAAGACGCGGCUUGCAUCGCCUACAUCCGCCUGACGCAGUACAUGGACGCGCAGGGCCGACCCCGCUCGUGCCAGUCGGAGGAGACGCGCGUGUGGCACCGCCGCGAGGCCAAAUGGCUCAACGUGCAUUUCCACUGCUCAGGCGCGCCUGCCGCUCCGCUCCAGUGAAGCCCCAGCCAGCCACAGCUUGCCUGAAGUCUGAAGCUGAUUGGAGCAUUUCUUCUCCGUGGUCGGAUUGGCGCCAGGAGUCUGGCUGGAAGAGACCUGUUGAAGAUUUGGAACCACAAGGGAUUAAAAAACAACCUUACAAAGUAAAAUACAUAUAUAUUUAAAAAAAAAAAAGCCUUUCAGGCAAUACCACCACCACUACUACCACAACCUCCUUUUGAGUCCAAACCCUUAGACCAGGGGAGCGUGGGGCUGGGGCACUCCUAGUCUUCUGGAUGGUGCAUGCUUCUGAUAGCCCUCAAGAGGGCGCUGUCUUGUCCUUUCUUCACCAUCUUUUUUGCCUGUUGUUCGGAGAAGUUGUUUUUUAUUUUAAGGGUGUUUCAAAGUAUUAACAUGUGCAACCUAUUUGAAAUUUGUCUGCAACUUCACGUCAAAUCGAGGACAGAGAGUUUAAGAGUCGAUUGCAGUUCGGAAAUGUGAAUUCUGCUCUUUUUGUUUCUUGUUUUGAAGAGCACACACCUUUUAGUGAGCGGUGAUGUAUGAAUUCCUUUAUUCCUGUUUGCUUAACAAAAAUCUUAACAUUUUUGUUUGUUUGUUUGUUUUUGUAUGCAGAGAUGUGGGGUGGGAUGUGGCCUCAAAGGGAAGGGAUGAAGACUAAAUUAUGUAUAACUAAUAUGAGAAGUAAAAAGCACCAAAGUGUAGACAUUAGACAUAUUUAGAAGAGACAUUUUAAUGUUGCUUUUGUUGGGGGAGGGAGGGAACAGGGGAUCAAAUGUAGGAGUGGUUUUUUUUAAGUAUUCUCUUGUGUUUUUGUGGAACUCUUGAUUUUUAUCUCCUGAAUGAUGCUGUAUUUGAAAGUAUUUUGUGUUUAAACAGAAUUGUUUUAAAAGGGGAGGGGGUGAACGGGGGCUUUAUUUAACAUUGUUAUGUAUUCAUAGAUAUUUAUACAGAGAGAGGUUACAGUCUUUAGUGUCAGGCUUUGGGGAGUGGAGGAGUGCGUAGUGUGUGUGUGUGUGUGUGUGUGUGUGUGUGUGUGUGUGUGUGUGUGUGUGUGUGUGUGUGUGUGUGUGUGUGUGUGUGUGUGUGUGUGUGUGUGUGUGUGUGUGUGUGUGUGUGUGUGUGUGUGUGUGUGUGUGUGUGUGUGUGUGUGUGUGUGUGUGUGUGUGUGUGUGUGUGUGUGUGUGUGUGUGUGUGUGUCUGGCCCUGUUGUGCUUUUUUUUAAACUUUUUUCACCCCUCUCUUACCUCCCACUCGCAUGGGAACCAGAUGUCAUGAGCUCUGAUUGGCUGUGGACCUCAGUGCUCCCGCCUACUCUUGUGUCCUCAAUGCCUCCCUCCCUCCCCUCUGGCGGUCAGAACCUGAAGUUGCAGAACACCCACCGUUUAUUUAUGAUUGGCGUUCCGGCGGUUUCAGAGUUCACUGUUACCGUCUCCCAUGCACAAGGGGGCGCUAAUCACUACGACUCGGACCACCGCUCUCACUCCUGCACACAAGCACUGAUCUCACAGCCCUUUUUUUAAAAAAGAAAAUUGCAUAUCGUUUUUUUUUCUAUACUCUCUACUAAGCAUGUUUGGUUUGUUUGUUUCUGGUUAUGGGGUGGGGGGAGGGGGUGGAGGAAAUAUGGCCUGUACUGUUUUUGCACAUAAGCUUGAGACUCUAUGCUGUUCAGGUUCACGUUCCGUGGACUCUCCCUUUCUAUUUCUCUGCAACUUCAGGUUAUUACUUCCCUGCCAAGGGUCGUUCCCUCUCUCUCCCUCCCUCCCUCCCUCCCUUUCCAGAGGAGGGGGACCUGACAUCCAGGCUGUAGCUAAGGAAGCCCACUCCGUUUGUCCGCCCACUUGCGUGUCCAGUGUCCUCAAUGUUCAAGUCCUGUUCUGAGAUUGUGUAGUCUUUUUGUUGCACCCCGACCCCCCUCUCCACCCCCACCCCUAUCCCACCCUUCUCCACUUUGCUGUUUACUGUUCCUUGGUAGCAAGAGUGGGAGGGGCUGUGUGGUGACACGGUUAAAGGAAACUUUGGGUGUGGUGAUUGGUCAGAUGGGUAACGAAUGACGUUGGAUUGGUGGGAUAGCAGGAUGAAGGGUAGCAUGAGAGAAAGGAAGGCCGAGGGGCUGAAGUCGAGCUGAAGGCAAUCGAAGGUUUGAUGACGUAUUUGUUGCUGUUUUUUGUUUGUAAGUGUUCCUUCCUGUUUAGUAUUUGUAGUGUUGGUAUUAGUAUGACAACUCUGAUCUUUUGUGCUGGAGCUGUGCGUACUCAUCUGGUGGCGGUCACUCACGGAGGGAUGGACCCAAUCACUGAAGUCCUCUCUUUCUGUCCACCACUGUGCUUGCACGCGCGCGCACACACACACACACACACACACACACACACACACACACACACACACACACACACACACACACACACAGACACACACACACAGAGAGUAAUAUUAACACAGACUCACUCAGUCUCUUACACUUGGUUAAACUGUACUACUACCUAAUACAUUCACUCGCAUUAACACAGACCUCAAUGGACAUAUAACUGAAGGACACGGGUGCAUUUCUACAUGCACGCACACACACACACACAAACACAAACACAGACAUGUGCUAUGAGCUCCCUUUAAAGAACAUAUCUGUGUGUCGAUGGUGUAUCAGUUCAGCACUGUUAUUUUCACUGUGUUCAAGUAGAAAAAUGUUCUGCGUGUAUCUUGUAAUGCCGGAGGGUCAGGCCUGCUAUGUGACCCUUGUUGACUUGUGUGGAGCCAUCGUGCUUUGUUCCAUAGUGUUUGUUGAAACAGGGCAGAGAGGAGACAAGAGGGGGGGAUCACUAUCAGGAAAGGAUAAAAAAAAAAAUUGCCGUCUAUUUUCGAGACUUUUUUAACAAACAAAAAAGAGAGUAAGUCCAAACUCUGCCCAAGUCCUCUCACUUGUCUGUGUGUGUGUGUGUGUGUGUGUUUUGUCGUGAGCUGCCCCCUCACCCGCACCGUGUGACGGCCGACCGUGCCACUCCUCAGGGGCACACUGUGACACCUACCCCACCUUCGCCAUCGGACGCCCCACUCCGUCCUGACGCCCCGCCCCACCCUUGCGAUGUGUAGUUCUGACUUGCGUGAUGUUUUUAACUGUACCGUUCAGUCCUCUUACGGAGGGUGGGUUUUGGAGGCGGGGCUGAGGGGGGAGGUCGCAGUGGGCCUGCAUCGCUUUCUCACGCCCACUGAACCUCCACCGUCACCACCACCACCUCCACCUCCACCCUUCCCAUCUCGUACCCCAUUCCCCCCCCCACCCCACACCUCCGUCUUGACCUCACUGUUCUGUCGCUCAUUCAGCCUUGGGAAUGUUCAUCUGUAAGAGUUCAAUGCAGUUUGCUUAAAAGCCGCCAUAUUCCAGAAAAAAAAAGAAAAUGAAUCAAGACUUUUGAAAGGGAUGACCGAGAAACAAGAGAAGAUAAUCAUGGUCUGAACAUGAUCCCCUGUGUAGUACUAUGAGAGCCUUGAUGUACUCAAAAAAUAACAAUAAAUCCUGAAAAGCCACUCACUUUUAACUACCGUACUAAACAUAUAUGCAGUUUUACAAGUGGAGGAAAUAUGCAUGUCUACUUUCUGGUAAUAAUUUUCACUGUCUGUGUUUAGUUAAAAAAUGGCAAUCUAUAUAUGUUACCUGCAUCCUCAAGGUAAUGAAAUGGCUCUGUCUCAGAUACUAAAAUGAAGUGAUGUAUAAUGUUUUUUAAUGGACAAAAAGAUUAACAAAGCCUUAGCUUGGUAUGUUCCCCUAUAUUAGUGAAUUUAUUGCAUUUAAACCAUAUGCUAUGGGGCUUCAUAUGACUAUACUCUGAGUUUUAAAUUGGAUGCUGGAUUUUUGCAUGACCAUACGAUUAAUAAAACUAUGAAUUAAAAAAAAAUAUCAAGUGUUUGUUUGAAUGUUGGUAGAUCAUCAUAGAUUUGUUAUUGAAAUGAUCUGAAGGUAUUUAAUAAAAAUAACAUUUCAAUGCUG